AUGUGUGCACUGGUUCUCUACCUGUCUGAGAGGGAAGUGACUAAAACUUAUCUCGAAGAGGUGUGGAAGUUGGCCAUGAAACUAGCAGGGGCAAUCUCGGAGGGUUUAGGAUUGGACUCAAAUUACAUGGAAAGGGUAUUUGGGGAAGGAUCGCAAAUUGUUGCCUGUAACUAUUACCCAAAAUGCCCCCAGCCGGAUCUCACGUUGGGAGUUUCUGCUCAUACUGACCGUGGUGGGAUCACAAUACUGAUGGAGAAUGACGUGGAGGGGCUGCAGGUACGGUACAGGGGGAAGUGGGUCCCAGUCCCUCAUGUUGCUGGGUCUUAUUUGGUCAAUAUCGGGGACUGCGUUGAGAUCAUGAGCAAUGGAAAAUUUAAGAGCGUGGAGCAUAGAGCAGUGGUUAACAAAAGAAGAGAGAGAAUAGCCGUAGCCAUCGGUAAUGGGCCAGGUUAUGAUGUUAUUGUCAAGCCCAUUUCUGAGCUUAUUAGCAAGGCUUCUAAAGGCCCUAGUCACGAGCCCAUAUUGUUCAAGGACAUAAGGUUUAAAGAGUACACUACGGCGGAAAUGAAAGAAUAG